CAAUAUAUGCAGAUUUGUCAGGACUUGUCGUCUGCCACUGUGAACUCCGGCGUAGCAAGCAAACUGCCAAAUUGUAAUGGAGGAGGCAGAGGACAGGACCAAACCAUUUGCCGUUUUCAUGGCCUUCGGUACCAAAGGAGAUGUCUUUCCUAUUGCUGCCGUUGCGGCAGGUUUCGCAUGUGAUCAGAGACAAUAUCGCGUGAUUUUUGUAACUCAUUCGGCACAUGAGUAUGUAAGUUCUAACUUGGCUGAAAAGAAUGUUGCUUUUGUGCCGGUUUCUUCACCACCUAUUCUUUCUGCUCAUCAAUGUCAAAAUACCACAGGUUCUGCAGAGUUGUCAUUUUCAUUACAGAAAAAGAUGCUUAUUCGAGAUCAUAGACAAGAAUGCUAUUCUAUUCUUGAAAAGAUAUUUGGACGAGGCCCGUGCUUGGAUGAUGAUUUUAUUGUGAUAAAUUUUUUCGCAUUGGAAGGCUGGAGUCUUGCGGAACUGUUUAGAGUUCGUUGCAUAGUCGCUGCGCCGUAUGUUGUUCCAUACAGUGCACCAUCAUCGUUCGAGCGGCAGUUCAAAAAAGAACACCCGCUUCUGUAUAAGUAUCUACAGGAAGCUCCUAUGUUCAAGGUUUGUUGGAAAGACGUGAUUCAUUGGCUCUGGCCCCUUUUCACUGAAUAUUGGGAAUCUUGGAGAUAUGAUCUGAAUUUGAGUUCUUGUCCCUUUACAGAUCCUGUAACUGAUCUACCAGAAUGGCAUAAUAGGCCUUCAUCUCCCUUACUACUGUAUGGAUUUAGCAAAGAAGUUGUUGAAUGCCCCGAUUAUUGGCCACCGACAGCUCGCGUUUGUGGCUUUUGGUUUCUCCCACUGGAAUGGCAGUUUUCAUGUCAGAAGUGCAGUGAAAUCUCAGCACUUGUUUCUGCAGGGCAUUUAGACAAGGAAGAUGAACUAUGCUCUGCUCAUGUUCAUUUACAAUCUUUUUUGAAGACUCGUGUGUCAGAGCCACUUGUGUUUAUUGGGCUGAGUUCUGUUGGUAGCAUGGGAUUUUUGAAAGACCCUCUGGCAUUUCUACACGUCCUUAGGACUGUUCUAGAGAUCACAAGUUACAGAAUUAUCCUUUUCACAGCUGGAUACGAACCUUUUGGCGCAGCAAUCCAAGCAAUAGCUGCUGAAACAGCUUUACACAUGGACAAUAUGCAAUUAAGUGAAGAUUGCCUCCCUCUCUUCAAUGGCCGACUCUUUUGCUUUUCAGGUACCAUAGCAUAUGACUGGCUCUUUCCUAGAUGUGCGGUUGCAAUUCAUCACGGGGGCAGCGGAAGUACUGCUGCCGCACUUCAGGCUGGAAUUCCGCAGGUACUUUGUCCAUUCAUGCAUGACCAGUUUUACUGGGCCGAGAGAAUGCAUUGGCUUGGAGUUGCACCAGAACCAUUGAGAAGGGACGGCUUGUUUCCCGAAAUUAAGGAUGAGAAGAGCAUCCGAGCAGCUGCAAAUGUGCUGUCGAGGGCAAUAAAUGAUGCGUUAUCUCCUGCAGUCAAAGCACGAGCAGCAGAAAUUUCUGAAAAACUUUCUACCGAGGAUGGAGUCUUGGAGGCAGUCAAGUGCAUAAAGAAAGAGCUAGGCUGUUCGAACUCAGAGACUCCAGCAAGUUGAUUUUUUUUUUUUUUUUUUUUU